AUGUCCGCUUCAUCUUCCACGACCAGUGGUUGGAGACGAGUACGAACUCCGGGAAUACCUAGUAAGUGUUGGUGCGGGGUGGGCAUCACCGAGCUCAUCUCCAAAACCAAUAUCGCCGGUAUUAUCGGUCUUGAGAACGACAAUCACGUCUUCAAAUGGGUUGACGAAGCUUUCACCGAUGAGAUACAAAAAGUUCGAAUGCUAGAAGAAGAAGUUCAAUUUCUCAAAGCAACAAUAAGGAGUGAAAGUGAACUCAGUGAAGGUCCCAAAAUAAUGGAGCCCAAGAUAAAGAUAUCAGGAGGUUGUGUUAUUCUUGCUCUCGUUUUAGUUCUAGGAAUUAUGAUGUACAAGAAGUAA